AGGGAUUCCCCUCUGACCCCGGCACAUUGCAUUGUUGACAUCAUCUGGGGUAAAACCUGGCAGAAAAACAUCAAUAAGACCAGCCAGCUGAUCGCAUAUCGCAACGUGCUUUGUUGUUGCUGACUUGUGUACAUCAUACACGAUCGGUCUUUGUUCAUUUGGGAUCGCCGCAUUUGGUUUGGCUACAAGCUCACAAUUUGGUGAAAUAGUUUGACAAGGGCAGAUUUUUUUACUGAUUGAAAGCAACCAGGCAUGGACAAAAUGCAGACAGAUGCUAAGAAACGACGGAAGAUAGCUGCUGUGUCUUGCCUUGUUCUCCUAGCUCUGUCUGCUGUUGAGCUGACGAUAGGAGUCGUAGCGUAUCAGAUGGUUCAUAAUAUAAACGCUGGCUCCUUCUGGGCUGUGGGAGGUCUCCUUCUGGGUUCUAUUCUGGCGCUCGUCGGAGUCUACAACAAACAAGAAGGUGGAUGUUGGAUGAAGACUGGGAUCGUGUGUUUGGUUCUUGGCGUCAUACUGGCGUUUAUCGGUGCAAUCAUUGAUGGAGUUACAGCAUCUGCAGUCUCGAAGGUGGAUUUAUUCAAGUGCAAUCAUUCUGACACGGGAUUGGCUAAUUGUAUGGCCAGUGCUGGGUGUGAAAGGUCAGUGAGCAUGCUCAGUACGUGCUACUGUUGCUAUGUGACAUCACAGAGGGAAGCUAACUGUGCCUUUCAGUCUGUCAGUCUUUCUGAGAUUCCCUCAUUUUUCUCCGGAGUGAAAUCUUGCUCUGACGUCAGCGGUUACAUCAACCUCCUCUGGGCCUCCGUCGCAUUCCUGACAUUCUCCCUCAUCGUUGGUGUGGUCGUCACGGCGAUGGUUAGCGGCUACAGAAACCUGGUUGCUAAGAUACCAAGGACGUACAUCCAGACAAUCCAGCGAAGCCCCAUUCCAGCCUAUCCUACCUCAUCUGCAUAUCAGCCAGUCGUCUCUCCAACUCCAACCCCAACGCCAAUGCCCACGCCACAACACGAGGAGGUCCAGAAGACUAGCCGACCAAUCCCUGCACCCAGGAACUCGAGACCGCCUCCCUACGCCCCGCCUGCUCAUGUCUAGAUAGCCUAUGCCCCGCCUACUGACGUACAGACUAAUGGGCUUUGGCACGUCAAGACUUAGCUAUGCCACACCCCUUGAUGUCAAGAUUCAGCUAGCCACACCCCUUGAUGCCAAGACUCAGCUAUGCCGCACCCCUUGAUGUCAAGACGUGGCUAUGCCGCACCCCUUGAUGUCAAGACUCGGCUAUGCCACGCCCCUUGAUGUAGAGAUUCGGCUAUGCCACGCCCCUUGAUGUCAAGAUUUGGCUAGCCUCACUCCUUGAUGCCAAGAUAUGGCUAUGCCGCACCCCUUGAUGUCAAGAUUUGGUUAUGUCACGCCCCUUGACAUCAAGAUUGGCUAAUGCCACACCCCUUGACGUCAAGACUUGGCUAUGUUGCACCUCUUGAUGUCAAGACUCGGCUAUGCCACGCCCCAUGAUGUCAAGACUCGGCUAUGCCACGCCCCUUGAUGUCAAGACGUGGCUAUGCCGGGCCCCUUGAUGUCAAGACUCAGCUGUGCCACGCCCCUUGAUGUAGAGAUUUGGCUAUGCCCCGCCCCUUGAUGUCAAGAUUUGGCUAGCCGCACCCCUUGAUGUCAAUAUUUGGUUAUGACACACCCCUUGACGUCAAGCUAGGCUAAAGCUACGCCCCUUGACGUCAAGACUCGGCUAUGCCGCACCCCUUGACGUCAAGAGUUGGCUAUGCCGCACCCCUUGACGUCAAGAGUUGGUUAUGCCACACCCCUUGACAUCAAGUUUGGCUAAUGCUACGCCCCUUGAUGCCAAGACUCAGCUACAGAACCCUCAGUGUUGUUUUUCAGCUUGUUUUGAGCCACACCCAUACUUCUCUCUUGCCUCACCCACUUAACUCCAAUGCCCCGCCCAUUGACGUCAAAACUAUCCUAUGCCCCGCCCGUUGUUCUUUCAACUCGUCUUGUGCCACACCACGUCUUGUUCUGCAGCCAGUAUAGAUUAAGCACAUAGGGUACUGCACAAGAACAGAUUUAAGCAUAUUCCUAACCCUUUGAGGCAUCUAAAAGUUCUGAAAUAGAGGUAUUUAGCUUGUUAGAAAGAAAUUUGUAAACUGUUUUUGUACAUACCCAAUGUGAGCAUUCCACUCUGUAGUGAGGUUUGUUGCGUUGAAAAAAAAAUGCUUCAGACAAAACUGUUAGAAAAUAUUCAGAACGCGCCAUACAAUGCAAGGGCAUUUUUGUAUCAAAUCACA